AUGGCUGAACGCAUCCUCAUGAACGAAUACCGCACACUCUCCAAAGAGAAGUGGGUGAACAUCGAAUUGAAGGAAGAUGAUAUCUUCUCGUGGGAUCUCGCCCUGUUCGUGCUCAACAAGGACUCCCUCUACUAUGACGGCUAUUUGAAGGCGACCAUGACCUUCCCCAAGAACUACCCAUACUCUCCGCCAAAGUUCCGGUUCCUCGUGCCCCUAUACCACCCGAACAUUUACCCGAACGGCGACCUCUGCAUCUCUAUCCUGCACCCCCCGGGCGACGACGAAAUGUCCGGUGAGCUGGCAUCCGAGCGCUGGUCCCCGGCGCAACGUGUCGAAUCUGUCCUCAUCUCAAUCCUGUCUCUCCUCGACGAUGCCGAAGUGUCUUCCCCUGCGAAUGUGGAUGCAGCCGUCAUGCUUCGCAAGAACCCAACCGAGUACCGUGCGAUCGUCAAGUCCAACGUGGAGGAAUCCCGCAAACUCGCCCCUGCCGGCUUUACCAUGCCUGUCGAUGAUGAUGAACCUGUGAUGCGUGAGGUCGAGAAGGAUGAUGACGAUUUCUGGGUGGAGAGCGACGUUGACAGCUUCGGCGGUAGCGAUUCAGACUCGGAUCUGGAUAUGGACCAGCUGUCGGGGAGCGAUGCAGACGACGACGAUGAUGACGACGACAGCGAGGAUUCAUGCGAGCAGCAGCAAAAGGCUUAG